AUGCAGUCUAAAUUGGACGCCGCCAAGAACAGGGGAUCGGCAGCGAGGGCAGCGAUCUCGGAAUUGAAAUCGGAGUUGGGGGCGACUCAACGGCGGGUGAGGUCGAAGGUGGAGGGCGAAGUGAAGGCGAUGAAGGCAACGAAUGAAUUGACGCUGGCCGUCGACCAGAGCUGCAAGGAUCUGGAGGCGAUCAAGAUGGAGGUCGAUGAGCAGUGGAGGGAGCGGAUGAAGAUGAAGCAGGUCCUCCGUGUGCGGCGGCAAAGCCUCUGCUCGCUUCAAUUGAAGCUCCGCGCGGUGCGGAUCGAGACCGAGGAGUUCGCGACUUCGACGGAGGACGCAGCGGCGGUUAUCGCGAUGUCGACGGAGGCGGAGUACGGGACUGUUGAAUUGACGGUGGAGGAAUACGAGGAGCUGACAAGAAGGGCGCAGGAGGAGACGGCGUUGUGCCGGUGGAGAGUCCCCGUUUCGGUGGAGCAGAAGCUCGCGGCGGAGGCCAGCCAGAACAUCGCUGUAGCGAAGUUGAAGAAGGUGUAUCCGGGAAAGAAAGGAGCGAGGGAGGAUAUGGUGGAAGAGGAGGAGGCGGGACCCGGGGGCGGGGGGUGGUAUUCGAGCAGCAGUGUUGGAGGAUGGAUUGUGAUUCCGAAAGCUAGGGCUCGGGCUAUAGCGGCGGAAUCGAAUUGCAGGAGGCUGGCGCGACCUCCGCCGACGAGGAGAUCGUUGAGCCAGGGCAGUAACGCGAGGAAGAGAAUGGUGAAGAGGAGAAGCAAGCCGACGAUUUUGGCGAAGCUUUCGUGUUUCAUACAGGGAAUCAAGAAUUGGUUCCGGUGA